AUGUCUCUGGAAUACGUCAUUACGGAUGAUGGUGGACUAGAAGCCUGGGUCACAGCUGUGGGAAGACCGGACAUCACCUUUGAUGUUUCUGAGGAGGUGAAGGUCUGCUCCCGGCAUUUUGUAACAGGUAAACCAGCGUUGGGGAUGGUGCAGAUGGAUCUUGACUGGGUGCCAACGCUACAUUUAAAUAAUGAAGCUGAAAUAGUCCCAAGUCCAGACAAAAAGAAACCACCCAUGAAGAAAGGGAAGAACAUUGUGAAUACCCCAGUGAAGCGAAAAUGGAAAGAAGCAGUCAAAGAUACAGCGGAGCCUAUACCGCUUCAAUGGAAAGAGUUGAAAUCAUGUCUACAGGUUCUAAUGACAGACAAAAAUGAUCCCAAAGAAGUCACUCCAGCUGUGGAUAACAGUGCUCUUUCAUUUGAGGAGUAUUUCAGAAAUGCACUGACGGCCUCUUUAGACUCGUGCCAGACGAGUCAACAGAAGCGUCCGUCGUGUGGAAACUGCGUUCGUCUGGAGGGAAGGAUCUCUGAGCUGGAGGAAAGACUGGCCACACCGCACCAGAUCCUGGGGCAAAACAUCUGGCCUCAAUGGACCGAGCCUCUCUCUCAAUCCACAGGAGAGCCAAGUUCGCCGUGUAAAGAAGACAAAAAAAUCCCUCCCCAGACAAACACGUUCAUGGUGAAUUUGAUCAAGAGGCACUGGUUUCUGCGCUUUUCGCCCAGCUCGAAUACAAUAUGGUGCCACGUCUGCCGCCUGUACGCUGGGAAAGGCUGUCGAAACUCCAAGUUUGUGACCGGAACGCGCUCUUUCCAAAACAGCGCAAUUGCCCUGCACACCAGGAACCGCAACCAUAAAGAGUGCGUGAAGAAAUUCAUGGCUCUCAAAAAUGCCAAAAAAACUGUCGGUCGCUUUCGCCGUUGA